AUGUCAGUGAGAACAACCAUCAAACACCUUCAGUGCCACCACUUCCCUUACCUCAAAACCCUCACUCGCAGUCUCUCAUGGUCCCUCUCCACACCACCGUCGCCAAAUCGACCGCCUUCAAAGCAAGACCAGCAAGACCCAUACUCGCUCCUCAAACAAGACCCAAUUGAAAUUUGCUCAGCUCUGUGGGUCAAGGCCUUCUCUUCCCCACCCACCUUCGCGUUCUCCAACCUCACCGGCUUCCUCUCCAAAUUCGACCUCUGGGUCCUGGCCUAUCAACGCUCCUGUGCUCACGUGACCGGCACGUUCCCUCCCCGCAACGCCAUCCACUCCCACGUCCUCCAUGACCUCCUCUCCCUCCGAAAUGCCGUCGUUCGCGGGAAUUUCUACUGGAACAAGAAGACCCAGCAAUUCAUUCGGAGCCCCAACGACAAGACCAGUAUCGAGCUCCUCUCCAAGCGUAAGCUCCAGGCUAUGCUCGAGUCCGACGAGCCCUGCUUUCAGGACCGGGUCGUUCAGGAGGUCUUGUUGAUGAUACUGGAGCCUGUUUUCGAGGCCCGGUUCUCGCCCAAGUCCCACGCUUUUCGACCCGGCAGGAACGCCCACACGGUUAUUCGGACUAUUCGGAGCAACUUCGCCGGUUACUUGUGGUUUCUGAGAGGCGAUAUCAGUGAAAUUUUUGACAAUGUGGAUAGGAAUAUGGUGAUGGGUUGCUUAGAGCAGGCCGUGAGGGACAAGAAAAUACUGGGUUUGAUCCAAUGCGCGGUUAGAGCGCCGAAUCGAAAACAGAGUGAUGGUUAUGAAGAAUGGCCAAAGAACAGAAAGAAGAAGAAAGCGCCUAAGAAGAAGAAGAUUUUGAACGAUAAGGAGCCGAAGCCAGACCCGUAUUGGUUGAGAACGUUCUUCAAUUUUGCACCUGAAGAGGCUGCUAAGGUACCUUCUUAUGGUCAUUGUGGAAUUUUAAGUCCUUUACUUGCUAAUGUAUGUCUUAAUGAAUUGGAUAAAUUUAUGGAAGAUAAGAUGGUUGAGUUUUUUAGGCCAUCUUGUCUUGAUUCAAUUUGGAAGAAUUCGAUAAACGAUGGCUGUCAUAACCCGGCUUGGCCGGAGUUUGUUCCUUCUAGUGGCAAUGAGAAAACUAGAAAAAUGGAUUAUAUUAGAUAUGGGGGUCAUUUCUUGAUUGGGAUCCGAGGGCCUAGAGAGGAUGCAGUCGACAUUCGUAAGCAAAUAAUUGAGUUUUGUGAGAGAAGAUUUGGGAUAAGGUUGGAUAACUCCAAGGUGAAUAUUGAACACAUAACUAGGGGAAUUCAGUUCUUAGACCAUAUAAUUUGCCGCAGGGUUAUACACCCUACCCUUAGGUACACGGCGACCGGAGGUAAUGUGGUUAGCCAAAAAGGUGUAGGGACUCUGCUUUCUGUUACUGCUAGCUUACAACAAUGUAUUCGCCAAUUCAGGCGGCUUGCAUUUGUUAAGGGUGAUAAAGAUCCUGAGCCACUGCCCUGCACUCCUAUGCUUUACUCUGGUCAAGCUCAUACCAAUUCCCAGAUGAAUAAGUUGUUGGAGACCAUGGCUGAUUGGUACAAAUAUGCUGAUAAUCGCAAGAAAGUUGUUGGUUUUUGUGCCUAUGUGAUUCGUAGCUCUUUGGCUAAACUGUAUGCUGCAAGGUAUAGACUGAAAUCACGAGCCAAGGUUUAUGGAAUAGCUUCACGCGAUCUCAGUCGUCCACUGAGGGAGAGCAGUAACAACUCUGCACCUGAAUAUUCUGAUCUAUUGAGGGUGGGUCUUGUUGAUGCAAUCGAAGGCGUUCGGUUCUCACACAUGUCUAUGAUUCCAUCUUGUGAUUACUCCCCAUUUCCUAGAAAUUGGAUCCCGGAUCAUGAGCAGCUCUUACGUGACUACAUCAGACUUGAAGACCCAAAAUAUUUCUGUGACUUGCAUAGAUCAAUUAAACGAGAUGGUUUGAGUUUGCCUCAAGAUGAGAUAUCUGAAAUUCUGUGGGAUUUCAAAACCCUUGGGGUUUGGAAUUAUAAGCAUAGGGAAGAAAAAGAAACAAAGAAAGAUUGA